UCUGGAAAAUGGUUGGAUUGUGUGUUGAAGCUAUUUCUGACACGUAUUUUGCUAAAAAUCAUAAUUAAUCUCUGAAAACUGUACAAUGUCAUUGUGUAAAUAGCGUUAUAUUAAUAGGGUCAUCGCAUAUUUGUCAAAAUGGAGUUCCGCGAGACGCUGCUAGCUGCUCAACGAAAUCAACAACAGAAAUCAUCUGAAAAUCAGUACUACAAGGCUAAGUUUGACCCUCCCAAAAAGGAGCAGAAGACCAAAGAUAGGUUGUCUGCAAACAUUCAGAAGUUUUUGGCUAAGAAAGAUGAGGAGGAAAGACAGAAGAAAAUGGAGGCCCAGCGCAAGAGGGAGGAACUCUUAGCUAUGCGCGAUCCGAAGGCCAUGCGAAAGAUCCAAAAGUCUUUGAAAGUAAUAAAAUCUGCUAACAAGUCUGUAAUUGAAGAUGCUGUGGAUCGUGAACACACUGCCAUCACACUUGCAGGGCCUGACCAACCUGACCAAGAUGACUAUGGUUAUGAGUCGCAAGAAGCAGCUGCUCUCUAUGCGAAAAUGAUGCAAAAGUACAGCAAAUUACCUGAUGAACCUAAAUUCCCCACUGGACACAGCUCAGUAAAGAAAGAUUUAAAUGGCACUAGAGAGAGAGUAAAACACGCUCUGCAGCAUGAAGAAGAACCUCAGCCUCAUAAACGAAAGCGAAGGACUGAUAAUAAUGGAGAGAGAGAAACUACACCUCCAAUGAAAUAUGAACCAGAAAAGAAAAAAGAGGAAAAACCUAAGAUCCGAAGACCAAUGCCUCCGCCAAUGGAUUUCAAUCAGCUUCUUAAGCUUGCUGAGCAAAAAAAGACAGAACCUGUUGAAGUUGCUCCAAAAAAACUGGUCACAGAAUCGGCAGAACCAGAAAGGUUGAUGACAAAGAAGCAAAAAAGAGAGUAUGAGGAAGAGAUGGCAAGGAGACAAAGACGUCAGGAAAGAAUAGAGGCAGAAAAAGACGGAAGAAAAAUACAAAAAGACGAUAGGCCACCUGAAAGGGAAAAAAAACCGGAGUCUGGUGGUUUUGGGAGAAUUCCAAAAAUUGGCGAGAAAACCAAUGUCACCAGACAUAGUAGUCCAAAAGCAUAUGAUAAGGAGAGAGAAAGGGAUAGGCACGAGAAAGAGAGAGCUGCAAGGCAGAAAGAGAAGGACAGAGCAAUUAGAGAGAAGGAAAAAGAGAUUUUAGACAGAGAACAAGCAGAACGCGAAAGAAUCAAACUGGACAAAGAGAGGCUUGACAGGCUAAAAGCAGAAAGGGAUAGAAUAGACAGAGAAAUGGAAAGGCUGAACAGGGACAGAGAAAAACUGGAUAAGACGAAAUCAAAAUUAGAUUCAAAAAUAUUGGACAGGAAACCAGUUGACAAAGUUGUAGAUAAAUCUAAGCUGAGUUCAAAAGACUCAGUGCGGCCAGAGUUGAAGAAGAGCAUAGAUUUGAAAAGUCAGAAUACUUAUAGGAUAGAUAAGAAUUCCAAUGAGAAGAAACUUCUCCCUGGUAAAAGUGAUAAUACUAGAUACUUAAAUGGUCAUAGCUCUCAAGCAAAACCUGUGCCAAAACAAAUACUACAAAAAGACGGAGCCUUAUUGACGAAAAAGGUUAAUUUAUCUAUGAAAAUGAAUGGGCAUGUUAGACCAGAAAAUGAGAAACGGCUUCCAGAUAUAAAAGGAGUGCCUGGUAAAAGACCUGAUGACAGACGAAUAGCACCCCAAGCAGGGCCGAGCAAGCCCAAGAUCUCAAAUAAUUUUGACUUUGAUAAACAUGUAAGCUCUAUAAAGAGCAAACAGUUUCCGCCUGAAGAUGUAAAGAGAAAACAACAAAUUCAUGAUAGGAAAAAAGCCAGACGGCGCUUGGAGUCUGAUGACGAGUAUGACUCAGAGAUGGACGACUUCAUAGAUGACGGUGACGAGAACAUGGAUUACUCCAGACACAUCAAAGAGAUAUUCGGUUAUGACAAAUCCAAAUAUCGGGACUUGGAUGAUGAGGACGAUCCGAGGAUGGAGUCCAGUUUCGUGCAGCAACAACGCGAAGAAUUUAUUAGCAAGAAAAUUGGUAUAAUGGAGGAUCUAGAGGACAUGAGGCUAGAGGCUCUGGAGAAGAAAAAGAAGAAAAAACGUAGACUUAGCGACGACUGAUCAACAGCCGGCAACCUUCGCAUCACUGUGGACCAAGAUUAUUUACAAAUUGUGGAUUAUGUAACAGACCAUUGUUUAUUUGUCUGACAGUUCAUCUAACCCUGACAAUGAUUUAUGCUGUAUUUUAUAUUUGCGGCGUUUGGUUAAUUUGACAUGAAUAGCAAUCUUAAGUAAUCUUUAUGACACUAAUGAAAACUCUAACUGGUAAUGUGGCUAACAAGUAGUAAGCGUAAAAAUAAUGUGCAGUACUUCUCC